CUCGGGGCCUUUAAAUACGCCACCGCUUGCUUUUGUCGGUGAGUGCACACACUCUUCCAGCGCGGCACCUUUUUUUUUCUUCUCGCACCCGCAGCCACCAUGAGGGAGAUCAAAAGCAAAGAAUUCUGGAGGGCCGUUCUGGCCGAGCUGGUGGGCAUGACACUGUUCAUUUUCCUCAGCAUUGCGGCGGCCAUCGGUAAACCGGGCGACCCAGGCCAGGAGGUCAAGGUGUCGCUGGCCUUCGGGUUGGCUAUUGCAACUCUGGCGCAGAGUCUCGGACACAUCAGCGGCGCCCACCUGAACCCUGCUGUCACUUUGGGGAUGCUGGCCAGCUGCCAGAUUAGCGUGUUCCGGGCCGUCAUGUAUGUGGUGGCACAGCUGCUGGGCUCGGCCUUGGCUAGCGGGAUCUUGUACGGUACACGGCCCAACACCACUAACGCACUGGGACUCAACUCUCUCAGCGGCGUCACCCCCAGCCAGGGCGUGGGCAUCGAGCUGCUGGCGACGUUUCAGCUCGUGCUGUGUGUCAUCGCCGUCACUGAUAAAAGGCGACGUGACGUCACCGGCUCAGCACCCUUAGCCAUCGGGCUCUCCGUUUGUUUGGGACACUUAGCGGCUAUCAGCUACACUGGCUGCGGCAUCAAUCCCGCACGCACUUUUGGACCAGCUUUGAUCAUGAAUGACUUCACAGAUCACUGGGUAUACUGGGUGGGGCCCAUGUGUGGUGGUGUGGCGGCAGCCGUCGUCUACGAUUUCCUCCUCUCGCCCAAAUUCGAGGACUUUCCCGAGCGCAUGAAAGUGUUAGUUAGCGGGCCAGUGGGUGAAUACGACGUCACUAAUGAUACAGCGACUGUGGAAAUGGCAACCAAGUAGUAAGAGUAAAAGUGGAAGUGCACUGGCUGUACCAGGGGUGUCCAAAGUGCAGCCCAAGGGCUAUUUGAGGCCCGUAGCUUGUUUUUUAUUGGCCCUCAGCAUAUCUUAAAAGUAAAAUUCAUUCAUUAUCAACAAAAUGCAUAAUUAGAAAUUACCUAUAAGGCAAAAAGCCAAUAUGUUGUUUUGUUCAGAUACACUACCGAUACUCAGAUACUCAAAAGUUUUAGGACACUGCAAUUUCUCUGGUGGUGUGUCUCUCUUCCAUUGGCAUUUCUUUUCCAUUGCUGUUCAAAUUAUGUUCACGAGAGUAUAGUACCAUAGUGUGGUCCAAACACUGUUUUUAUGCAGACAAAGGAGGUAGUAAGUACUCCAGAACUUGGAACACUGGUGGGAAUUAGUACCAACUGCCAAGAAUUAAUGAACCUCCAUUCUGCAAAACAGAUUUCAAAUUCUUGACUCAUUUUGUGGUCCCUGAAGGAGGCCUUUUUGUAUAAUUCUGAAAUGCACAUUUUUUAGUGUAACAUUAGCUUUUCUGAACAACCAUUUGACCGGAAGUGUAGCUUAGCUUAUAUAUUGACUGGAUCGGUUUUUGCACCUACAUGUAAUGCACAAAAUGUAUGAAAAUGACCCUCCCCAUCAUUUCAUCAGUGGAAAGGUUUGGACACCCCUGGUGUAUUCACUCUUGUGUAUACUCUUGAUAAAGAGAGCUGUUGGUCUUAGCGUAGUCACGUCACUGUUUUUAUCACUGCCGUCUUUGUGUCUGUAUGAAGCGCACACCCGGCUUUGACCCCACACAGUAGUGUGUUGAAACCAUCUCCCAUUAUCAGUAUUCUAUAUGUUGAGCCAUUUUAUUUUGUAUACCUGUAUUGUACGUGCCUUUAUCACGUUUUAUCUCCAGUGGGUUGUAUGUUGAAAUGUUUUUAAAGAAUAAAAGCACACAGUUGUUAUUGUUGUUGUUAUGCUCUCCAAGGCCAGUCCUUUUGUUGGUUAUGCUGGAAUGGUUUCCUGGAAUAUUUCCAGUUGGAAGGACAAAUUUAUCAAUGGACAGAUUAACCCUUUAGGGGGCCCCCAGAGGGGGGAGGAGUUGCAGUUGGGGUUUCUCAUGCCCUUCUCUGUGAAUUGCAUGCAGCCAUCAUUGCUACAAUACACUGCAAGUGGAUCCACAUCUUCUGUUUGGGCUGCUUUUUAGUGUCUAUAUAAAAAGAACUUAUUUAAGCAUUAAUACGCUGUAACAGAUGUUGCAACGUGUCAUAUAGGCUAACAUAUAAGGCUGCAAAACUGUGAAUAUAUGCAUAUUUGCUUCUUAAAGUCAGAAUGAAUGGCUUGUCUUUGAAAGAUUGCUCUACAUUGAUUAUCUCCUGCUGAUAAAAUGUCCUUGUGGUAAUGAUAAUGAAGCCAUAAUCAACAGUCCAUUACAGGACACUUAACUCUGUUAAUGAAUUGCUAAAGCCAUGUUGCAUAAAUUAGAGAACUGAAUUGAACAAGAGACAAACAGUGAUAAUAUUCUGUUUUUGGUUUAAUUAUAAUGUAAACUCAAAUUUCAGUUUCAUACAGAUUGUGCUACAACAAAAUCACAUUUUUGUUGAACAUGAUUAUAUCUCAGUCUAAUGUCAUCACAUCAGGUUUUUGAACUUUUUACAUUUCAUAAUACUCUUUGAUUUGGAAUUUCUCUUUUAUUCUAAUUGAUUUUCUUGUAGUU